AUGGAGUACACGGCGUCACCCAAGCCGCAGCUGUCCUCUCGGGCCAAUGCUUUCUCCAUCGCCGCGCUCAUGUCCAGCGGCGGCUCCAAGGAGAAGGAAGCCGCGGAGAACACGAUCAAACCCUUGGAGCAAUUCGUAGAGAAGUCGUCCUGCCCGCAGCCCCUGGCGGAGCCGAGCCUGGACUCGCAGGCGGACUUCGGCGCCGGCGGCGGCAGUCCCUCCUCCUCCUCCUCUCUGUGCACGGAGCCCCUGAUCCCCACCACACCCAUCAUCCCCAGCGAGGAAAUGGCCAAAAUCGCCUGCAGCCUGGAAACCAAGGAGCUCUGGGACAAAUUCCACGAGCUGGGCACAGAGAUGAUCAUCACCAAAUCGGGCAGGAGGAUGUUCCCGACCAUCCGGGUGUCAUUUGCGGGAGUGGAUCCUGAGGCCAAGUACAUCGUCCUCAUGGACAUUGUCCCCGUGGACAACAAGAGAUAUCGCUACGCUUACCAUCGGUCCUCCUGGCUGGUGGCCGGCAAGGCUGACCCUCCCUUGCCAGCCAGGCUGUAUGUGCACCCAGACUCUCCCUUCACUGGUGAGCAGCUGCUCAAACAGAUGGUGUCUUUUGAAAAGGUGAAACUUACAAACAAUGAAUUGGAUCAACAUGGCCAUAUAAUUUUGAACUCAAUGCAUAAGUACCAGCCCCGGGUGCACAUCAUUAAGAAGAAGGACCACACAGCCUCACUGCUCAACCUGAAGUCGGAAGAGUUCAGAACAUUCAUCUUUCCAGAGACCGUCUUCACAGCAGUCACAGCCUACCAGAAUCAGCUGAUAACCAAGCUGAAAAUAGACAGCAACCCUUUCGCCAAAGGAUUCCGGGACUCCUCCAGGCUCACUGACAUUGAAAGGGAAAGUGUGGAAAGUCUGAUCCAGAAACAUUCCUAUGCCCGCUCACCCAUCCGCACCUACGGAGAAGAGGAUGUCCUAGGGGAUGAGAGCCAGACAGCCCAAACUCGAGGGUCAGCUUUUACAACAUCUGACAAUUUGUCACUCAGUUCCUGGGUAUCAUCUUCUUCUAGCUUUCCUGGAUUUCAGCAUCCACAGUCCCUGACUGCUCUUGGUACCAGCACAGGAUCCAUAGCAACACCCAUUCCUCAUCCUAUACAGGGUUCUCUGCCACCAUAUAGCCGACUGGGGAUGCCUCUGACCACAUCAGCCAUUGCCAGCUCCAUGCAAGGGAGUGGCCCAACAUUCCCUUCCUUCCACAUGCCGCGGUACCAUCACUACUUUCAGCAGGGGCCCUACGCUGCCAUUCAAGGACUGCGCCACUCAUCCGCCGUGAUGACGCCGUUUGUAUGA